UCUGGGCGGCAGAAAUAACAACGCUGCCGUAAAAAAAUAUCUGCCGUGCCCGUGAAAGUUGUUAAUUGUUAGUAGUGUUGUUUACGUAUUAGCAUAUGGAAAUGGAGAACGUUUGUGGAUUUACUGAUACAUUUGUCAACGAACAAGUGCUUGAAAUUAUAAAACUUCACUUUAAAGAUGAUAAAACAAAAGUUAGGGAAGAAACUGCAUGUAUGGUUUCUGAAAUAAUACACAAGUUCGUAAUUGAGGGUCUCCUAAGGGCAAAAUACGUUGCUUGGCUUGAUGGAGAAAGUGAAAUAACGUACGAUCAUGUGAAAACAAUUCUCCCGACACUGUUACUAGAUUUCAGCUAAAAACGAGGGCUAAGAUCCAUGGAUGGAAGUGCUUAGAGAUGCCGAGGAAUAAAUAACUACAUUAUAUUUCUGAUCGUGGCAUACGUCACUCAAUUGCCAAAUAAACCAUUUUUCAGAAUAACAUUGGAUACGGGUCGCGUUUCAUGUCUCAUGACGUGUACAAAUAUAAUGAAACGUUGAAAGGCCCAGCUACGGAAAUUGAAUCUGUUCAAAACAGCAAACAAUGAAUGAGUAAAAUAAUACGAAUAUGUAAAAAUAUAAUCAAUAUAUAUAAAUAGUAAUUUGUGUAAUUGAUACAGUAAUUUUUUCACUUUCUUUUAAUAUAAAAAUGAGAAGUUGUAGAAAUGUAGUCCUUACAUUAAAAACAGUCUUGUACUAGUA